AUGUCAGACUCCAAGAACAAGGGCAAGGCCCCUGAGCGUCGUGAAGACGACAAUGACUCCAGCUCCAACUCCGUUCCCUCCUCGGGCGGUGCGACCAAGAAGCUUUCUGCGAAAAUGCUGGAGUCUCUCAUGGAGUCGAAUCCGGCUCUGAAGAAUGAGCUGGCGAGCAUGGACAAGGAGACCGCUGCGAAGACGCUUGCGAACAUGGAUGUCUCGCAGCUGCUGACUGGCCUGUCGCUAGGCAGCACGAAGAACCAGAAGGACAUGGCUUCUUACAAGUUCUGGCAGACACAGCCUGUCCCUCGCUUUGAUGACCGGGCAACCCAAGCUGCCGCGCCUCAAGGUCCGAUCAAGAUGAUUGAUCCCGAGAAGGUCUCAAAAACACCGGACGCGCUUCUCGAAGGGUUCGAGUGGUGCACUUUGGAUCUGACCAACGAGAAUGAGCUGCGAGAACUAUACGAGCUACUGAACAAUCACUACGUGGAAGACGACAAUGCCAUGUUCCGCUUUGCCUACUCGCAGUCCUUCCUGCACUGGGCCCUGAUGUCUCCGGGGUGGAAGAAAGAGUGGCAUGUCGGUGUGCGGGCCACCAAGUCUCGCAAAUUGGUUGCGUCGAUCUGCGGUGUUCCGACGGAGCUCCGGGUUCGCGGUGAUCGAAUCAAGGUGACCGAAAUCAAUUUCCUUUGCAUCCACAAGAAGCUUCGUUCAAAGCGGUUAGCUCCGGUUCUCAUUAAGGAAAUCACACGUCGCUGCUACCUCGAAGGUAUCUACCAGGCUAUCUACACGGCUGGCAUUAUCCUCCCCACUCCCGUCAGCUCUUGCCGGUAUUACCAUCGUGCUUUGGACUGGCUCAAAUUAUACGAGGUCGGGUUCUCUCCUUUGCCCCAUGGCUCGACCAAGGCCCGCCAGAUCUCAAAGAAUCACCUUCCUUCGACAACGGCGACCCCCGGUCUCCGGCCGAUGGAAAGCAAAGACAUCGAUGCUGUCCAUGACCUCCUUGAGCGGUACCUGCUCCGUUUUGACAUGAACCAAGCCUUCACCCGCGAGGAGAUCGACCAUUGGUUAGUUUACAAGCCGCAGGCUGGUAAGGAGCAGGUGGUGUGGGCUUACGUGGUCGAGGACCCGGAUACCCACAAAAUCACCGACUUUGUCUCCUUCUAUAACCUGGAGUCGACCGUCAUCGACAACCCCAAGCAUGGGGUCGUCCGUGCUGCUUACCUCUACUAUUAUGCAUCGGAGACUGCAUUCACGGAGGACAAGAGCGCUCUCAAGUCGCGCCUUCAGAUGCUCAUGAAUGACGCACUCAUCUGCGCCCGACAGGCCAAAUUUGACGUCUUCAACGCACUCACAUCCCACGACAACCCCCUGUUCCUGGAGCAGUUGAAAUUCGGGGCUGGCGACGGUCAACUCCACUUCUACCUGUUCAACUAUCGUACGGCUGCCAUCGCGGGAGGGAUCAAUGACAAGAACCUUCCGGACGAGAAGAAGAUGGGUGGUGUUGGUGUGGUGAUGUUGUAG